AGCUUGUGAGCGUUGUUGCGCACAAGGAGCAGACCAACGACACACGCCCCACGCAAGGCGCACGCACGCCCACGGUACCGACCACGCGACGGACGCAGGGGCGCAGCCGGUAAGCCUUUAGGGCCGCAGGGGCUGCCCACAAGUAGCAGGCUGCCAAAAGGCUGUCCUACGCACGCCUGCGGCGCGAUCUAGGGCCGAAGAACGCGGCCACAAAAGGCUGCCCAAACCAGGGUCACGCCGCCGCCGCGAGCAACGAAUUGAGCAUGGUCAAGGGCCGCGGCCAAGGGGGAGGGCUGCCCGACGUCUUGGCUGGCCAAACCUCAAAGACGAAGCGCUAUGGCAAACGCGUUGUCGUCGACGCGCGCGAGACGGCCAAGCAGUACGAGAGGUUCCAGGCGUCGCUGAAGCCCGACAUACCAGUCAAGAAGCCGCACAACCCGAACCGCUUUGAUCUCAUUCUGUUCUUACAAAGAUGCUGUAGUAAUGAGGAGCUACCUCAACUACCAGAAACGCCGGCGAUACGACGGGGUCUGAGAGUACUCAUGCUGGAGUUAGAUAUACCGGAACGGGACCUUAGGAAGAUGUACAAGUACUGGCUGGAAGUCGAUAGAGACGGGAGCGGCAGUGUAGAUCUGUUUGAGCUGUUGAUGUGGUUCGAUUUUGAGCGCACCGAAUUCAUGGUCAACACCUGUGUGGGAAUCAACCAGUGCGUGCUGCGGCGCUUUUCACGCCGUCGAGCAGGCGUCGCGUCGAUGGCGUGAAGGUCGAACACACACAGGUGAACACGUUCAAGCUGCUGGAUGCCGACGGGAGCGGCGAGCUCGACUUCGUCGAGUUCUGCGCCACUUUUUACUUAUAUUGUACCUUCACGUGGGCGGGUCUCGUGAAGUACGCCUUCGACAUCACGGACGUGGACAGAUCUGGUUUCUUAGACAUGGAGGAGGUCGAGUCGUUGUGUCGAAGCGUCUACGGUUUUACCGGCAAGAGGAAAGGUGAAGCCUUCAGAAGGAAGGAGAACAACUUACUUGAUUUAGAAGGUACUUUGAGGCAGUUCGACUCGGAUUCCGACGGGAAGAUUUCAUUCCGGGAAUUCCUGGAACAGAACAAGAGGCACAAAUUGCUCUUGUACCCGGCCUUCGAGCUGCAGCACAACAUGCGGAAGGCGGUCAUGGGCGACCGGUACUGGAGAAAUCGGGAGGGGCCCCAUUUUACCGAGAAGGACAUCGUGCUUAUGCAGUUAAAAAAAGCUAUGGCGCCGCACCAGGAGGACCUGUCUGCAGAUCACAAAAAACUCAACGAAGACGUGCGACGGAAAGGGGGGCUGCGCGCUUCUCGCGACGAGGAGCCUCAGAGGAAGAAGAAGCAUCCCCGGAGGUACGGCGAGAAGGCGUCGAAGUUCGUCAGAACUUUAUCAGGCAGGCUCAAACUCGCCGGCAGUGGUCCCACGAAGCUCGUCAAGCAGCUGUCCGCGAAGAGUUUGAAGCUCAAGCGGUCGAUGUCCUUCUCGAAGAAGAAGAAGAAGGUCGCGCCUCAAAGGAAGGGCCUGAAGGGGUCGCUCGUCGCCGGCACCCACGGCGUCACGUCGGCGUCGGGGGCCAAGCGGCGGCGAUAGUCUUCUACGCGUCGCUUCGACGGCGUUGGAGGUGUAGCUCACCUCCUUCGGUGCCGAUCCGGUGCCGAGCGCCAACUCGACGCCGUCGACGCGAGACGCGUGGAGCGCCCACUACUGUGCUGUGUAACAGAGUCAUGUGUUC